AUGCCCCACAGAGUCGCAGAUUUCCUGCGGGCUUCCACAGAGACGUUUUCUGCCACUGCUGUCAACACAAUCAAGUCAUCCAUCCGACCCCAGCAACAAGCUCCCGUGCGACGUCGCAUUGAGCGCUUCCCAUCCUACGACCCCAGCCUGUCCGAGCAGUACGACGAGAUUCCGUAUCUGAUGUAUGCACCUGAGCCUGCUCCCGUCAAGGAAAAGAGAGAGCUGGCCAAGAGGGAGCGCAAGGAGAAGGACAAGAUGCUCAAGAGCCACAAGAAGGACAAGACCAACCACCGCAUCUCCCUGCCGUUUGGCCGCAGCAGGGAGAUCCACGAGAACCCACAUGCCGCGCUCGAUUGGAAGAUUGAGAGCCCGCCAAUCAUCUUCUUCGGGGACGCCGAGUCGUCCUCGGGCGCCCUUGUGUCGGGCCAGAUGAUCAUUGAGGUCAAGGACGAGCACCUCGAGAUUGAGAACUUCUCCGCGGCCCUCAACAUCCACGUGCACCAGAAGAAGCCUUUCAUGGUCAACUGCGCCGACUGCCUAGACCAAUACACGGAGCUCAAGAAGUGGACAUUUCUCAGCCACCCCACCACGCUGCGCAAGGGCAGGCACCAGUACCCCUUCUCCAUCCUUCUCGAAGGUCACCUGCCGGCCAGCCUCGACACCCCUCUCGUGUCGAUUGCCUACGAGUUCAAGUCGGAGGUGACCCUGGCCAAGAACGCCAGGAUCUCUGCGCUGCCGAUCAAGUUCUGGAAGGAUUUUGACGUCAAGCGCUCCCUCGUGCAGCCAGACACGCCCCACCACUCGGUGCGCGUGUUCCCGCCCACCAACAUCAAGGCUGGCGCCGACUACGACCAGGUUAUCCACUCGACCGGAUCGCAGCACGCCGUCCAGCUCCGUCUCGACGGUCUCACGACGGUCAAUGACGCCACCAAGACGGUCGAGUACUGGAAGCUCAAGAAGAUCACGUGGAAGCUCGAGGAGACGAUCAAGACGGUCGCCCCCGCCUGCAAGAAGCACCAGCCUACCACCCCUGCCGAGGGCUCAGCCCCGGCCGCGCAAAAGGGUGCCUCGCGCACCGAGACGCGCAUCCUCGGCGAGAAGCACAUGCACGACGGCUGGAAGUCGGACUACACGGCCACCGACGGCCACGUCGAGUUUGGGUUCGAGUACGGCGUCGCGGCGUCGCUCCUCGCCUCUUCGAAGAACGGCGCGCCGGGCUUUGCCUGCGACAGCCGCUCGCUCGACGGCACCUCGGUCUCGCACGCGCUCAUGGUCGAGAUGGUCGUCAGCAAGGAGUGGGCGCCCGCCGGCAAGCCGCACCUCGCCGCGCAGACGGGCACGGGUCGCAUCCUGCGCAUGCAGUACCACAUUAUGCUCACCGAGUGCGCCGGCCUCGGCGUCAGCUGGGACAACGAGGCGCCGCCCGUCUACAGCGACGUGCCUCCGAGCCCGCCGGCGUACCCCAAUGCGCAGCCCAUCGACUACGAGGCGCUGGAGAUGCUCGAUGCACUCCGGACGAGCCCAGAGCCGAGGGCAUGA